UGUGUUAUAAAAUAAAAAACUAGUUUGGGUAAAUAAUUUAGCUUUAUGUGAUUUUUUGUGUGUUAUUAUUUAGGAUAAAGUGGACAAAAUGUCGAAAUCCACGAUGAAAUCAAAGUCUAUGAUGACAAUAACAGGUUCAAAAAAGUCCCACGGGAGUAAAGAGGAGAGCAACUGGCAUCGAAGAUCCAGCUCCGAUAAGCCAUCUCCAAUUGAUUUUGACAAGUUCUUGCCGUGGAUCUGUCUACAAUUCGAAGUUUUGGUUGAUGUUACUGUAAUAAAACAUGCUUUGGAGAGAUACAGCAGCAGUAGGCAUAAAUCAGGCUCCUUCACUACGAAAAUAAAAACGUCAUCACAGGGUUUUGUAUCACGAGAGUCUGGCAAAAGUACAAAAAACGCAAAAAAUAAAUCAGCAACUUCCGACGAUGAAUUUGCUACUGACAUGGAGAAGAGAAUUCAGAUCAUGGCUUAUUAUGAUCACUCUGGACAUCUUGCUGAGAUCGCUAUAGUCAAAGCUCCGAUUAUGAUCAGCGGUAAAAUAAUCAAAUCUAUCCACAUCUGCCUCCCGUUCCAGCCUACGCUCACCAAGAUUACCAUUAGAUGUGGUCUCAAUUCAAAAAUAUUGCAUGAAUUAGCAAUAAUGCUUCCCCAUUCAAAUAUAACUGAGAUAUGUCUUGACGGCUGCUAUAUACCCGAAGGCAAUUACUUCAUACUAUUAGAUUACAUAUCACAUUUAAAGAUUUUAUCUCUAAAACAAUGCAGGAUAAAUGAAAUGGUUUGCAUGGAAAUUGCGAAACGAAUUGAUAUUGGUGAAGCUGGUUCUUCGUUGUCUGUUUUGGACUUAGCUUCGAACCAGAUCACUGAUAGAGGUGUAUGGUACAUCGCAGAAGUACUCAGAAGGAACCGUUCUCUUGUAUACUUGAAUUUGUCGUCCAAUGGAAUUACUGAUUGUGGACUGAUGUACAUUAUGAAUCAUUUGAAGGAGUUCGAAAUGAAUCCGGCAGAAAUUCGCGGAAGAAUUAAGAGGCGCUAUGAAUUUAUAAAAAAAUCUGGGUUAAGCUUGAAGAAAAGUGAAGAUAAAAUAAAUCAAGGUACUCAAGUACAUUUCCGUAAACAUCAUGAUAAACCAAAAUCAGCCAAAAAGAAAAAGCACUCUGUCGUAGACUCGACUUCUGUUGCAGCAGUUGUGGCAGUUAAGGAAACGUUCACUGAUGUGUUCGACGACGCUAAUGUUGUUGUACGUAAUGGUAACUUAUAUUGUAUUGGUAAUUUAACUUUGUGCUCCCUAAAUCUGGCUUAUAAUGAUCUGGAUUAUAUUUCCAUAAAGAGAAUUCUCGAUGUCUUGAGAUAUCAGAAAAAUAUCAACUCAUUGACGAAUCAUACUGGUUUGAUACGCUUGGAACUAGACGGGAAUCUGAUACCACAUGCUUGUGAUGAAUUUAAUGAGAUUCAUUGGCUUUUAAAUCCACCGAUAUCGACUGUUGUACCGCAGCAUUCACUUCACCAUCCAACCCACCAUUCAGCACGUUUGACAAGUCGAUCGUCAACGGUAAAGAAAGAGAUUCCACGCCACUAAAUAUCUUAACUAAAGGCGUUACAAUUGCUGACAACUACAAAGUGACCGAUAAGUUAUUGAUAAUACAUAAUACAAGACUAAAACUACAAGACUUCUUACGUGGUGCGGUAUUUUCUAAGUACCUUGGGAA